GCGCGCAGGCGUGCGUGCGUCUGUGUGUGCCGUGUGUGCACUGCCGCGAUGCGUUUGAAGACGGACUGGAGGUUUUUGGACAUUUCUGGUUUAUUUGUGGUAAGGUCGUGCAUUGGUGAAACAUAGUCGCUUCUAAAAUAGACAAGAACGAAAAGAUAAAAUGGUUUUCACGCCUUCUUUUGAGUACGGCAGAGACAUCUCUCUUCUAAGCGGAGCACUGCGUUCCGCCGAGCGCACUCUUCAAAAACUGGAUCCUGCAUCGACACUGCGUUGCGUAGACCGUGAGCGAUCGAGGCCACUGGCGCUUGCGAUCUCCAGUGGAAUACAGGGUGCAUACAAAACAAGCUCGGAUCACUACGUCGUUCACUCGAGAAUCCACUGCGUGUUGUUCGCCAACACGAUGUGGUCGUCUGGCAUCGUGGACAGGAGCGAACUGGACUACUUUGAGUCGGUGCUCGAUAACUUCCCUCAGGUUGGAUGGAACCUUUUCUUGGCUCUGGUGGAGGUCUGCAACUGGAGACAAUGUUACGUUUCGUGUGUGCAGGCACUCCCAUUGAAGACGAGGCUGCAGGUGUUGAAGGCCACCAUGGAGUUUGCUGAAGACUCUUCAUACAUUUGGAGCUGCGCGUUUUCUGCACUCUGGUGGUCGGCCUGCAUCGAACCCCAUUUGCGUUCAACACAGAAUUCGGACGACAGCACGCUGACCGCCCUGUCUCGCCUGCGACCAGCCAGCCCCGUGGACAAAUUGAAGCUCGAUCCAGUUUCACUUCUGCAGGCAUCUGCCAAGCACUUUCUAGAGAUGGCUGCCCCCGACGAAGACUUCGGCAGCUCCGGCGCAGUUGCCAAGCAGGUCGCUUGCAUCUUGAGAGUCCUAAACGACUUUCUGAGCCACAUCUUACACUGCGACAGUGCCCGUUCCUCCCCUUCCGACGACUGGCUCGCAAACAUGGGCGACGCAGCAGACGAAAUUGCCGAAGAUUUCUACGCAACAAGGCGUCCAGAAUGUGCGACGUGUUUCCCCGUGGACGUCGUGCACGACCAGCUUCGAGCUUCUGGAGACGUGAUCCAGGCAGUGGCCUGCAUCCUAGACUCUAGCCGCGUGUCUGAACUCUUCUCCAGGGAGAGGGACGAGCAUCCGUACUGCAGCAUGGACGGUGUUUGUGCCAACCUCCUGAUGGCGGCGGCGGCCGGCAAGAGCAGGCCGAACGUGUUCGAGGCUUUGGGGGAGCCUGCCCUGCUUCACUCUGCCGGAAAGCUGCGGCGUGCUUUGGUGGCUGUCUCGAGUCUGACGGACAGCGCCCCGUUGAGGAGGCUGCAGCAGCUGGUGUCCGGGUGGGGACACAACGCACUUCAGGACCUGCCUCGAGAGGUUUGCCAAAAUCUGGUGGGCGGCGUCGUUCAAAGCCUGGAACAAGGGUCGUCUCAAUGUGCGGAGCUAAUUUUAUGGAGUUUGAGCCUUGUGGAUCUCUUCAGGGAACAAAGGAUUAUCGACACUCUGAAAAAACAUCUGGCUCUUCUGAGCCAUCCCCGCCUGUUUCUGUGCCUAAUCCAGACUGCAAAAAAGGCUGGCGAUGUCGACGCUUUCAAGGAGCUCGUAUUGGAUGUGUGCGACGCUGCACCGUUAAAACUGCAACGAGCUAUGCUGUCCUACGUCAUGUCCGAAGCAGGAGGAGACUUGUCGCUGCGACUGAGCAGCUUCCCGGGCCAACUCACGCAGAAGCUCAACCUGAUCUGCGACACCCAAGGGGGCUCGGAGGUAGGAGCAUCCCUGCUUUCUUUACUUGUCUUUUUGCCAGUUGCUUCCACAGAAAGAUGGCAAUUUGGAGCUCCACUCCGUGUGACUAGCAUUCUCCUGUGCCACACCUUUUCAAGAGGAAGGCAGUUGACGAGAAGUAACUAAGAAAUCAGCAUGUUUAGUUUUGCUUACAAAAAUUUCAGCCAAUUCGUGUCAAUGGAUCAUGAGAUUGUGUGUUGGCCUGUAAGUACUAGAGUUUAUAUAUUG